AUGACUCACUCUGCAGGAUCCAACUCCAGCAAUUCAGCAACCGACUCGGACCAGGCAACAAGCUCAGGCUUCCCCACUUUAGCAGAAGGAGAUAUUUUUGAGUAG